AUGGCCGCCGCCGCCCCCAUCCCGGCCCCGGCGCCCGCGGCCGACGACGAGAUCGUCUACGAGUCCAUGCCCUGCAUCCGCAUCUACAAGAACCGCGUGGAGCGCUACUUCGGCUCCGAGUUCGUCGCCGCCUCCGCCGACGCCGACGCCGCCACCGGGGUCGCCUCCCGCGACCGCGUCAUCUCCCCCGAGGUCUCCGCGCGCCUCUAUCUCCCCCGCAUCGACGCCGCCCAGGCCGCCGCCGCUGGCUUCGAGCCCUGGCUCGCCGACCAUGCCGACUUCGCCCGCCUCUACCUCGGCGGCGAGAGCGCCGGCGCCAACAUCGCGCACCACGUGGCGAUGCGGGUCGGCGCGGAGGGGCUGCCCCACGCCGCCGCGAUCCACGGCCUCCUCAUGAUCCACCCGUUCGUGGAGGGCGCCCCCGGGCUCGAUGCCCUGGCGUGCGGCCGCGUGCUGGUGUGCAUCGGGGAGGGCGACGUGCUCCGCGACCGCGGCCGCGCCUACUACGACCGGCUCAGGGCCAGCGGGUGGCCCGGGGAGGCCGACAUUUGGCAGGCGCCGGGGAAGGGGCACACCUUCCACCUCCUCGAGCCCUGCUGCGAAGAGGCCGUCGCCCAGGACAAGGUCAUCGCCGAGUUCCUCAACCAUUGA